CAACAUGAAUUCGGAGAGAGAGAAAGGGGAAGAGGGGAGCGCAUUCGGCAUUCACACACUGUUCAUCUACAAUUCGACGAUCUUCUUCUUCUUUCAGAACACCCUUUUCCUACGUCUCUGAAACUACGUGUCGUUUUAGAAGAUCCAGCUCAACUGCGACUAACUCUUGGCGGUUAAACUCCACCCGAACCAGACGGGACACGUUCGUCGUCGUCGUCGUCGUCGUCGCGCACUUUAUCCACCUCCACCAAACUCUUAACUAUUUAAUUCUCGGAAAUCUCCGCCACCAUCGCAGCCGUUGAUUUUCAGCUGGUUGUAAAAAAUGGAGAAUCCGACGAUUUUCAGAGGCAGUUAUCUAAAUGGAGCUUACCAGCCUCCCCUAUCUUCUUCUUCUUCUUCUCGCGCUGAUGUCAAUUACAGCUGUGGUGCUUGUGGUUAUGAGCUAAACCUGAGCUCUAAUAACCGGAACACAUCUUUGAUUGGCUCUAAUAAGUACGGGAAAUCUAUAAAGAGAGGGAUCAUAUCGUUCUUUUACAUUGAUGAGAGCAGAUUUAGUCAGGUUGAUGAACUUCAGUGUAAGCCCCAUUUCUCUAGGCGUUCUUGGGGUCUGUUCAGCCGGAGAACUAAACUUCUUUGUCGCAAGUGCGGUAACCAUAUAGGAAAUGCUUAUGAUGAUUUUACUUCUCCGGCUUCGUACCCACUCGUAUCAGAUGGAUCAGAUUCUUCAUCCUCAGGCCGUCAAAUUUCCAAAUGCAGAAAAUAUGAUGUUAGAAUUCGCUCUUUGCAGCCUUCGAAUUCUGAAGAAUGUGGCCCUUCGUUUUUGGAUUGACAUCCUUGAGCAAAUCUAUUUUGUUUUCCCUCGUGCUGAAGAAGUAUCUGCAGCAACAGCCAAAUAUUUACUUCUGCAACAAUCUUUGUAAGGUGUUCUCUGUGUUUGAUUGUAUCUGUUUUCUGCUUGCCCUCGCUUAUUUAGAAACUUGUAUAUAACAAUUUUCAGUAUUGGAAGAGUCAAUGGCGUGGAAUUUUGAAGUGAUUUGAAUGAGUAAAGUUGAUUUUCACUUUUAUUUUACCAA